AUACAAUGGUGUUGUCAAAUAUAAAUAGUUGGCGAUAAGACUCUUAAAGCUGGCGAAGUUUCCCGGAUGUCUUUCGGGGCCCGGAAACCACGGAGGAGCCGCAGCGCCUCUCAGCGGCGCGAUGACGUAGCGCGCGGGCGCCCCGUACACGUCAUCAGCGCGAGACGCUGCCACGCGACGCUGUUUUGGUGCGAUGGCUCCGCGCGAGGCGUUUUAUUAGCGGUUUUUCGGGGCCUCGCGGCGCGCGUCGGUGCUCGGCGAUGCUGGAGAGGAGAGUCCGCGAGCUCGGGCUGCAGGAUGACUGAUCACUCUCUUCAGCAGGAGAACGAGCUGCAGGCGCUCGCGUCCAUUUACGGAGACGACUUCCGAGACAUCCGCGCGGAACAGCCCUGGAAGGUCAGACGUCCUCCAGAGGUUUAUCUGUUCCUGCGGCCGAAGGGACUCGGUCACGGACAGACCAGUUACGUCUCGGUGGACCUGCAGGUCAAAUGUCCUCUGUUAUAUCCUGACGUGCCUCCAGAGCUGGAGCUGAAGAACGCUAAGGGCCUGUCCUACGACAAACUAGAGCGCCUCCAGAAAGAGCUGGGUGAACUGGCCCGAGACCGCUGUGGAGAGGUGAUGAUCUACGAGCUGGCAGACUUCGUCCAGGGUUUUCUGACGGAGCACAACGUUCCUCCCUCGAGCUCCUUCCACGAGGAGAUGCUGAAGAACCAGCGGCGUCUGCAGGAGCGUCUGGCUCUGGAGGAGCAGCAGAAGAUCGACCAGCGCCGCAGACAGGAAGAGCAGAUGCAAAAUGAGAUUCUUGCAGAAAUCCAGAGGAGAGAGGAAGAGAGACGAGAAGAGAAGAGGAAGAAGGAGAUGGCCAAACUGGAGCGUCUGGAGAGCGCCGCUAUCAGCAUCCCUCCGGCUCUAGAGAGACAGGCCUCCUCAGGGUCACCCGUGGAUCUCUGUGAGAGCAAGAAAACACUGACCAGCAGACGCAGAACCACAUCCAGCAGCAGACACAGACGAGACACAUAUAAUGAAGAUAAUGCACGGCAGCAGGAAGUACUUCACUUCAGCAACAGCUUCCUCGGGGAGGUCGUAGUUCACAGAGGGAAGUGUAUUGGGGAGAGCGAGCGCUUGGGCUGCAGUGUGUAUUACGCGUUCAACUCCACCUCUGGAGAUUUCGCCGUCGUCUACGAGUGGAUCCUUCGCUGGAACAAGACAGUCGGAAAGUUCUUCACCAGCCAGGAGAGGGAGAAAAUAGAGAAAUGCAAAAAACAGAUCCAGGGCGCUGAGAGCGAGCUGAACUCUCUGCUGAAGCUCAGUCAUCCUCAUCUGGUGCACUAUCAGGCUCUGAGCUGCGUGGAGCGAGAAGACUGUCUGGUGGUGGAUCUUCUGGCCGAACACGUGCCCGGCUCCAGUCUGUCUCAGCUGCUGUCCGGCGGCGCUCCGGUGCCCAUCGAUCAGCUGCGACGCUACGCCGCCCAGCUAGUGAACGCCCUCGACUACCUGCACGCUAACUCGGUAGUGCACAAGCAGCUGAAGGCGUCCUGCGUGCUGCUGGACGCUCGGGGAGACGUCCGGCUCGGGGACUACAGUCUGGCUAAGCGUCUCGCAGACGUCUGUAAGCAGGACAUCUUUGAGCAGAGUCACGUACGCUUCAGCGAAGACGAGCUGCCCUCGCGCUCCGGGAAGAAGGGAGACGUCUGGAGCCUGGGACUCAUGCUGCUGGCGCUCGCUCAGGGUCGAGAGGUCAAGGAGUUCCCUGUAACACUGCCAGAGAGCCUGCCCAGCGACCUGCACGACUUCCUCAACAAGUGUGUGUGUGAGAGAGAGAGCAAGCGAGUGAAUGACGCCCUUGCGUUUGAUUUUCGUUUUUAAUCCAUUCAAAAUGGGAUUUAUUUUUUAAUCGACGGCCCUAACACGUCUGUGCCGUGGUGUGUGUGUGUGUGUUCCUCAGACACGGGCGUUGAUUUCGCCUCCACGGUGGUCCCUCGCAGUCACCUCCUGAGCGCCCCCUUCAGUACGGAGGUGCAGAAGCAGUUCUCACGCUACUACAACGAGUUCUCGGAGCUGCAGCUGCUGGGGAAGGGAGCGUUCGGAGCCGUCAUCAAGGUCCAGAACAAGCUGGACGGCUGUUACUACGCGGUGAAGCGGAUCCAGGUGAACCCGGCCAGUAAACAGUUCCGGCGGAUCAAAGGCGAGGUGACGCUGCUGUCACGCCUCAACCACGAGAACAUCGUGCGCUACUACAACGCCUGGAUCGAGCGGCACGAGACGCCGGUGACCGGAGCCGUGGUCAGCGACAGCUCCGGGACGCUCAGCAGCCCCGAGAGACCGCGGCGGCCCUCGGCCCCGGAGCCCCGGAACGAGCUGGGCCUGACGGACACCGUGGAGGAGGACGCUCCUCCGCCGGCCCUCGCCAGCUCCGUGGAGUGGAGCACCUCUCUGGAGAGAUCGUCCAGCGCUAAGUGCAGCGCCGCGGACUCCACCGACGACGAGGAGGACGACGAUGAAGAGGAGGACGUCUUCUGUCCCUCCUUCCUGCCUCCUGACAGCGACUCGGAGAGCGACAUCAUCUUUGAUAACGGAGACGCCAGCAGAGACAGUCUGGAGGAGGAGCGCAGCUGCAGGAAAGCGGUGGUCCCUGAGGAGAGCUCUGAGUCGGAGCCGCUGCUGGUCGCUCAUUAUCUGUACAUACAGAUGGAAUACUGUGAAAAAAGCACUUUAAGAGACACCAUCGAUCAGGGCUUGCAUCAGGACACCAGUCGCCUCUGGAGGCUCUUCAGGGAGAUCCUGGACGGUCUGUCCUACAUCCAUGAGCAGGGAAUGAUCCACAGAGACCUGAAGCCUGUCAACAUCUUCCUGGACUCUCAGGAUCACGUGAAGAUCGGAGACUUCGGCCUGGCCACGGAUCACCCUGCUAAUGUGGCUGCAGGUAAACUGGAGGUAGAGGAAGGCAACUUGGAGUUUGUCCCAAAAUCAGAUCCAACGGAUAACAUGACCGGUAUGGUUGGUACGGCUCUGUAUGUGGGUCCAGAGGUUCAAGGAAACACUAAAGCCACUUAUAAUCAGAAGGUGGAUCUGUUCAGUCUGGGCAUCAUCUUGUUCGAGAUGUCUUACAGACCCAUGAGCACAGCGUCCGAGCGGAUAUUUGUUCUCAGUCAGCUCCGGAAGGAGUCGAUUAAUUUCCCUGAAGACUUUAACGAGAGCGAGAGUGAAACACAGAGGAAGGUGAUCCGCUGGCUGCUGAGUCACGACCCGGCUCUGCGUCCGACGGCGGUGGAGCUCCUGAAGAGCGAUCUUCUCCCUCCGCCGCAGAUGGAGGAGUCGGAGCUCCACGAGGUGCUGCAGCACACCAUGGCCAACGUCGACGGCAAGGCCUACCGCACCAUGGUCAGCCAGCUCUUCUCCCAGAACGUCUCGCCCGUCACCGACUUCACCUACGACAUCGACAUCCACAAGGGCAGUUUUCACUUCAGCACGGCUAAACUCCAGCAGUACGUGUACGAGACGGUCACCAGGACCUUCAGACGUCACGGUGCGGUUCGUCUCCAGACCCCGCUGCUCUUGCCCAGGAGCAGACGUCUGUAUGAAGGAUGUGAGACGGCCUGUUUCAUGGAUCACAGCGGCAUGCUGGUCUCUCUGCCGUACGAUCUGAGGCUGGCGUUUGCUAGAUUUGUGGCCAGAAACAACAUUUCUCAUCUCAAAAGGUACAGUAUAGAGCGUGUGUACCGGCCGAGGAAGCUGGACCGAUCUCAUCCCAGGGAGCUGCUGGAGUGUGCCUUUGACAUCGUGGUUCCUAUCAGCCACAGCCUGCUGCCGGACGCCGAGGCCAUCUUCACGGUGUCUGAGGUGGUGCAGGAGUUCAGCGCGCUGCAGGACAGAAACUACACCGUCCACCUGAACCACACGAGUCUGCUGAAGGCCGUUCUUCUGCACAGCGGCGUCCCUGAAGACAAGCUCACGCAGGCCUCCAGCAUCCUGUGUGACGCCAUGAGCGAGAAACUGACGAAGCGCGAGGUGGAAGCCAAGUUCUGUAACCUGUCCUUGUCCAACAGCAGUCUGCAGACGCUGUAUAAGUUCAUCGAGCAGAAGGGGGAUCUUCAGGACCUGCUUCCUCUCAUAAACUCACUCACUAAACAGAAGAGUACAGCCGUGGCUCAGAUGGCCAAACAGGGCCAGAAGGAUCUAGAAGAGGUCACGAACCUCCUCAAGAAGCUGGCCAUUAAACUACAGGUGGUGGUGAACCUGGGUUUGGUCUAUAAGGUGCAGCAUCACUGCGGGGUCAUCUUCCAGGUCGUGGCGUUCAUCAAGAAACGUAAACGCACCGUUCCUGAAAUCUUAGCGGCGGGCGGACGCUACGAUCAUCUGAUCCUGGAGUUCGGGGGUCCGGCGGUGUCCGGUCCCGUCCCGUCAGCCGUCGGCGCCAGCAUCGCUCUGGAGAAGAUCUGCUCGGCCGUGGCCGGUCAGGAGGAAGCGCCUCUGGUCAGCUCCUGUGAUGUUCUGGUGGUUCCUGUGGGUCAGUCGUCCACCGGCAGAGCCGUUAAAGUCACUCAGAAGCUCUGGGCGGCCGGGGUCUCCUCAGACAUCGUCUACGACGUCUCGCAGUCGCAGGAAGCUCUUCUGGAGCACUGCAGGCAAGCUGGAAUCACAUUCAUGGUGCUGGUGUCGGAUAAAGAAGGAAAUUACCUGAAGGUGAAGUCCUUCGAAAAAGACCGUCAGUCAGAGAAGAGGAUCCCCGAGUCGGACCUGGUCGAACACUUCAUCCAAAAGAGCCGGACCAAACUCUCUGAAGAGAGAAACAGAGAGAUUUCUGAGAGCGCUUCUCUCCAGAAUCCAAAGGGAUCAUUACUGGGAAACUCAGGACUGUCUGAGUCUCACGGGAGCAACUCCAUCAUUUCCAUGAACGUGAACCUCGUACCGCCUGAGAAAAUCUCGGCCAGCUCCCGGCGGAGAUACGAGACGCAGAUCCAGACCCGACUGCAGAAUCUGAGCAGCAACUUGCAGAGCAAGAGCAACGACAUCGAAGUGCUGGCUGUCGAUCUGCCCAAGGAAACCCUCAUCAACUUCCUGUCCCUCGAGUUUGAUGGAGAGGAGCAGUUCAACAUCAGCGUGAAGACUCUUCUCUCUCGGCUUCCCAAACAGAGGUAUCUCAAAAACAUCUGUGAGCAGAUCUACCACUUCAAGAUCUCCAAGAGGGUGGCUGUGGUGGUUCUUUACAGCUACAGAGACGAUUAUUACAAGAUCCUGCUCUGAUCUGAUUUCACUGAACAUUUUAAAGCUUUACAGAUUCUGUCGUUAAACACAGCCGUGUUUUUUUUCGACGACGGGUUCGAUGCCAAAGGCUGAUGAAGGGUCCAGUCAUCAAUCAUAUUUUUAACGAUUCCUGUGAAAUCACGAUUAAAUACUGUACAGUCCACAACUGAAGGAAAUAAAGUAUUUUCCUGUA